UCCGAAGUAAUUGAGGGGUAAAAAGGAAUUUCUCCCCUGCAAAGAGAUGACCUUUCCGCGUCCGAAACCUCGAGGUUGCACUUGCCCGCCGUGAUGGAGGAUCCUCCGCCGUCCGCCGCAUCGUCGGAGCCGGCACCAGUUGCAGCAGCAUCUGCUCCUAGUGAAGCUUCGCACUCCAACCUGUCGUCUUCCCCAAAUCCUGCCCAGCCACCACCCUCUACGGCCUCUUCUUCAUCGAUCGCCGCCCCUUCCACCUCCCAAAACCCUCCCCAGCCUCAAUCUCAGUCGAUUCCUCCGUCCCAAUCACACCAGCCUAUUCAGCAGCAUCUGAGGCCGCCUGUCCUCCGGAAUCGCCCCCAAUCCUCUUUCCCUCACUUCGACCACCAGCUCCCUUCUCCUGCUACUCCGUCCAUUUCCUCCUCCACCUCCUCCGCUGGUCCAGCUGUUUCUGCUUCUCCAUCAGCGCCCACAGCUUCAUCGCAAAGGGCUGGGCUCGCCAUUGGGGUCCCAGCUCAUAGCCCUCACAUAAGGGCCCAGGAGUCUUCUGCAGCAUCCUAUCCCACGUUCGGUGCCUCUUCGUCAUUCACUCAGCCGUUCAGUGCUUUGCCACGCAUGCCCGAGCAGCCCCCAACUGCUAAUGCCCAGGUUAGGCAACCAAUUCAAGGGAUUCAGAAUAUUGGAAUGAUUGGUUCUCUUAGUACGAGUUCGCAGAUUCGACCACUUGGAGCUUCUGGCCCUCCACAGCAGAGAUUUAUUCAGCCAACAUCUAGAGGGCCAGCCUUUUCAGUUAAUCAAAAAUUCCAAAGUUCUAAUUUGAUGAGGGGUCCUUCUGUCAUUUCCUCGAGUUCCAUGCCCUCACUAUCUCAACAGCCAUUAUCCUCACAAGGAAAACAAAUGCCAGCUACCUUGGCACCUUCAUCAUCAUUUAGGCCCCAGAUGAAACAACAAACAAUUCAGCAGAGACCAAACUUGCCUAACUCCAUAACUUCUCAGCAAAUGGUAGCACCACAGCAGCAGCAGCAACAACAACAACUUCAACAACACAAACAGCAUCAACAAAUGCCACAGCAAAUGCAACAGCCACAUCAGCAGCCACAACAAUUCCUCCAACAUCAUGCUUCAUCACGCCAACCACAAGAGCAAUAUAGUCAGCAAAACCUACAGUUGAGGAAUCAACAGCAACUGCAACAAGCUGCAAGGCCACUUAGACCAGCCUCUAGUAAGGCAAAUCUGCCAACAUUGGUGCAAACUAAUCCUGGGCAGUCAGGAGCUAUCAGUGCAGCUAUUGAUACAGAUGCUGCAGAAUCUGGAAAUCAAGUUCUCAGCAAGAGAAGCAUCCGUGAGUUGGUUAACCAGAUUGAUCCAUCAGAAAAGUUGGAUUCUGAAGUUGAAGACAUUCUUGUUGACAUUGGUGAAGAUUUCAUAGAGUCUAUAACCACCUUUGCUUGCUCUUUGGCUAAACAUCGAAAAUCUUCUACAUUGGAAGCAAAAGACAUACUCCUCCAUGUAGAAAGAAAUUGGAACAUUACACUGCCGGGUUUUGGUGGAGAUGAGGUUAAGUGUUAUAAAAAACAGAUCACUAAUGAUAUUCACAAGGAGAGGCUUGCUGUGAUUAAGAAGUCAAUGGCUUUGACAGCUGAUUCUGCAAAUACAAAGAGUGCAUCCAGUGGUCAAACCACAGCCAAUUCGAAAGCUCACGUGGCUAAGGUACAGAUAGUAGGCUCUCCAAAGGCCUAAGGUCCUUCCUAUACAUCAGGGCUGCAAUGAAAGAACUUUGUCAUGGAGAAAAAGACACCACUAUCCAUCACUAGCUCAAGUUUGCUUGCCAUUAGGUCAAGAAUACUUCCUCAUGAAUUCCUAGAUAUUAACAGUUUACGGAAGAAUGUUUGCUCCUGCUAAGCAACUGUUCUGUAUGUGACGCCUGUUGUUGAAUUCUCUAAUUUAUGGCUAUGGAAUAGGUUCAGAAAACUUGUCUAACUUAAACUAGCUGUAGAUGGAUGAAGGUUGAAGUUCAAAAGACAUUUUUAUCUUCCUUCAAGCUUGAUAAACUAAUCUGUUCAUUAAAGUAUUCUACAGAAAUUACAUGUAAUUUGCAUGUUUCACCUGCAAGUAAUCUAGGUAAUUGUUAAUGUAA